UUCUUGUACAUUUACACACUUUAACAGCGACACACCUCGACACCGUCGCCGCCCCCAACCUCACCCUCCUCCUGCCAGCCCACACCCCCCACCCCCACCCACACCCCCGGACUCUCGAUGGAGUCCAAGGCUGGCGCCGCGCCCCCCUCCCCGGCCAUGACCUCCCUCCAUGACAUUGUCCUCGACUAUGUUAUCAACAGCGCCUACUCCAACACGGCCAAGGUGCUCGCCCAGAGCAGCAACAACAGGACACGGACGGCGCAGGCGUCGCCCUCUGCGUCGCCCACGCCGCCCUUGACGGGAGCGGAUGACGCCGCUGCCGCCGCCGCCGCCUCGUCCUCGUCUUCCGCCAUGGACGUGGACGCGGGCGCUGUCUCGCUACUAGGCGGUGUUGGGGCUGAGCGCGACAACAUGAUUCUCGACGACGCGGCCCUGGCGUCUAUUGAUCGGCGGAGAGAAAUCCUCGACUUUAUCCUUUCUGGGGCUGUCGUGCGCGCAGUCGCCGCGCUCAACGCCCACUUCCCCGCAGUGCUCAACCCCACGACGGCGGCCGUGCUGAACGCGCUCCGCAAUGGCGCCGAGCCGAGCAGCCACUCGAACGGCGCGAGCAGUAACGGUGCAGAGUCGAACGGCGCCGGCAAUGGCACGACCAACGGCGCGAGCAACCUGUCACCUUAUCUCCCCCAGCCGUCGUCGUCCCGCUCGCGCACAGCACCGUCGACGCCAGGCGCAACCGCCCCUCCCCCGUCCGCGACCAACCACACGGUACCCCUCUUCACUCGCUCGUCGGACCCAGGCCACGUAAAGCUCAACCUCAGCAUCCAGCGUUACAUCGAGGAGAUGCGCAGCGUGCCCACGCAGAGCGCGACGUCGUCCCCCUCGUCAUCUAUCGACUCGUUGACAGGCAGCACGGCGCUCAGCGGCGACCCGUUCCGCGACCUCAUGACCAUGCACCAGGAGCUGCACACGGAAGCGAUGAAGCUGCGCCCCGAGCACCGUGCGGCUUAUCUCCAGGAGAUCAAGGAUGUCACUGCGCUGCUGGGCUACAACAACCCUGAGACGAGUAUCCUCCGCGGCUUCCUCGAGCAGGAGAGAAGGAUUGCGCUGGCACAGCAGGUCAACGCUGCGAUUCUGAGGUCGGAAGGAAGACCAGUCCAGUCCCACCUCGAGCAGAUUGCGCGCACCGCCUCGGCCAUCUACUCCACGCUGCACGACGCCGGCAUCGACCCACAGCCCUCGUGGACCGCCGAUAGCAAGUCGGGGCUCGAAGAGCGCAUCGCCGACCAGCUCCGCUCGUUCCAGAAGGGCGGGUUCAAUCUGCACGAGUAUGUUUGGGGCUAGGCGAGAGGGGUUGCUGCAGCUGCAUUGGCGUGCCACGACACGACACGCCACCCAUCCACUCUUAUCAGUCGAAGCGCAUUGUCGGCGCAGCGGAGCGCCUGUUGUAGAUUGUCUGAAGCAUCUGUGAUUGAACGGG